AUGGCGUUCACUAGCAAUGCUGCUAAACAGCCCAAGGCCCGCCCCCGAGAAGGUCUACAUCUUCGGCCCCUGAAUGUCGAGAAAGGGACGAAAAGAUACUCGUCAGCAGACGAUUCUUUCCCUCCGCAAACUGCUACAUGGAGGAGUAACUUGAUUGCGCUUUCCCAGCGCCAUAAUUUGCUCUUCGUCGCCUACAGCCACCAAAUUUAUGUCUGGGAGCCAUCUGGGCCGUUCCAGACGCUGGGGAACAAGCCCGAGAUGAUCAUCACUCCGGUCGUCAAGGAGCCUGGUGGGAGUGGCUAUAUCUCACCAGCCACGCCUCAUGCGAUCAAUAAUAUCCUUGUUGAUGAUCUGGGUCGUGAAGAGGUUUUGUUGCUUGUCACUGAUUCUGGAAAUAUAUGCGGUUACCGCGUUGAGGCGAUAUUCUCUGCAUUGCGGAGAGCUGCCGCGAAUAAGGAGGAUCGACCCCUCGAUGGCACUCAGGUGGAUCCAUUCUUCAUGGAAUAUGUCGAGGCCAGUGCAUGGGGUCUAGCUAUCCACAAAUUCGCGCGCCUCAUUGCCGUGAGUGCGAAUACGGGCCUUAUCACUGUUUUUGCGUUUGCGCUGGUGAAUCCCGCUUCUGGUAACAGCGCCAACGCGGGCUAUCAUCCGGAGGAUGAUGAGGACUUCACGGAUUAUGGUCAAACCUGGCUGGAUAUCAAGAAUCGAGAACAGUUUGUGCAGCUUCAACAUCUGAUGCCAUACAAGCAUCGCACGCGGAAUAUCAGGCUGACAUAUACUGGUCAUUUUGCUAAUAUCCCUUCGGUUGAUUUCCUGAACUGUGACCUCGACCCCAACGGCACCUGGAUGGUCAGUACUGAUAUCGAUAACAAGCUUCUGGUGUGGAAAAUCUGGGAAAGUCUUGGCCCAUUCAACGUCUAUCACUUCAACGAUAUUUCCUUUAAGUCUUUUCCAGAAACAUUACGGAGCGAUGAGCGUGGCUGGACUGUACUUGCCCUGGACCCACGGACCUUUCAUCUCCUCAAAUCCGCAGAAGAAGCCUGCGGUGGCCCCCCUCAACGGCGCGUGAAGAACGGCCAAACUGUUUUCGACCUGACGAGAGCGAGUAGUCGGAUACCCAGCGCUUCGCAGAUCUAUAACUAUUUCCCACCUGCAGUCAAAACUGAGCCCGAACAACCAGUCUUACCGGACAUCUUUGCAGCAGAUUGCUGCAUUAGUAGACAGAACAGUAUCUCUCAAACUGCUUUGUCGACGCCCGCGGAUCUUUUAGAUUACAAUAGAUCUUCCACGAUGAAUGGCAGCAUUCGCCUGCCGGACUCUGUUGAUGGAUUCAGCCACCGGGCUGUCGACGGCUCUGCAUAUGGAGACAAUCUGAGCCGCGACGGCUCUGACGCCGAUCAGAGUACGCAUAAUGCCCGAAUCAGCGGACGUUUUCGGCGACUCGAUGACACAGAUCAACAAGCUGAUACGUUGCCUCGUCAACUCGUUCCGGGAGCCUUAACGACACCGGAAUUUCUCCAGUUCGCGCUCAUUGAGGCUCUUGGUGGCGGUGCUCCCGAUACCGAAUACUACGACGAUGACAGUAUGGAUGACUACUCCCCCGACGAGGAUGAAUACCACGACGAUCAAGAGAUGAACGAUGCGGGCAGUAGCUCCGGCGAGGGUGAUACCUCAACCACCGCAGCAGGAUACCAAAUCUUCGACCCUCCGGCACACUCCAACUUCCCCAUCCUUCACUUCUCACACUCAGACAUCCGCCUCAUACCCCAUCCAUUCGCAUCCGGAGCAAGGGUCGUCUGCGGCGAUCCGCUCCGACAACCAUUCACCCAUCCCAUCGCAUCCAUCCGAGUCUGCGAUCGAUUCAACAUGGUCAAAUACAUCCCCGAGCACGGCAUCGUGGUCGCAGCCUCCCAGAAAGGCCGCGCAGCCAUCAUCGCCCUGACUGAAUCCGAAACCACGGGCCUCUCAUUCCGAAUUGACUGGAUCGUACCCUUUGAAAGCCAAGAGAAAUACGGCGACCGCCCCCUCAUCCCUCUCCUCGGAAUGAGCGUCAGCCCCAUCCAGGGCUUCGAAAUCCCCCCGGACGUACCCUGCAUCCCCCGUGACGUCAAGACCAACGAUCUCGCCUUCGAGUAUAAAUACCUCAACCCCGACGACUCCGACAACAACAAAAACACCCACACCCCUCUCCACAACAGCAGCAGCGUCUUCCAACCCCACCACUCCAGCGACGACGGCGACAGUGACGGUGACGUAGACACCAAUGACGACGAGACCAACCACGACCCCACGUUCUCCUACGACGCCGCCAGCGACGACUCCCUCCCUCCCCCCCUUACCUUACCCGAAUCCCACGCCCGCGCAACCCGCGCUUACCAGCCCGAGGAAAGCUGGCGUGGCUGGAACCCAUCCCGCCGCUAUCGCUUGUUACUCAUGUACGCGGACCACACCCUCAUGAGCUAUGAAUUCUGGUAUAAUUGGAACACCACCGAUACACCCACUCCCGGGACCCAGAAUGACUUCGAUGAAGAUGAUCUUCUUCUUGUAUAA